UGCCCAGAGGCGUGUCGUUUGUUUCGUUGUCAUAUUCAUUAUCAUUUCCUUUUUCAUUUCCACUCACGGUAACAGUUACCGUUACAUUUUUCCAAUGCAUCUCAUUUCGUUCUGGCAUUAAUAAACCAUUAUCUAUAUUACAAUUCCAUUACAGAUCCUAUAAUUUCAUGCCCAAAUUGAGUUUCUAGUGUACGAAUAGUCGGUUUUUAUGUGUUGUUGUUGGUCGGUCGGCGGGGGCGGCUGAAACGGACUACCGGUUCCAUUUCCAUUCAAUUGCGAGACAUUUGAACCAAGUGCGGCACUAAUGAGAUGGUCUUCGGUGCUAUGUUGCUGACGGGCAACCUUAACGGCCCAAAACAGCAGCAGCAACAUCAGCAGGAGCAGGAUCAGCAGCCGCCGCAGAAGCAGGAACAAAAUACAAAACCUGCGGCCCCCCAGUCCUCCAGCACCAGCCGGGAGCAGCAGGAUCCGCAACCCAUUGCAGCCGGGUAUUAUGCCCUCGGCAUUCGCAUACCAAAGUCGCCAUCGUUUCACAGCGGACUAGACCAGCUGGCCGACGACGAGUUGGAGGAUCAGGGUCGGGAGCAGCCGGGGCAGGAGCAGGCCGGAAGCCGAUUCAAGUUCAGCAGCGUGGAGGAGCUUAAGGCCAAGUUUGAGGGGCGGAAAACGCCCCUCUCGCCGCCCGAAGCAGCAGCGGCGACAGCAUCAGCGGGAGUAGCAACCACAUCAUCCUCGCCCUCAUCCUCGUCCACCAGCUCAAACUCCUCGGCCUCGGCGCUGUCCUCACUGUCCCAGGCGGCUUCAUCCUCGCUGGCCUCGGCGGCUGCGAACUCCUCGGCUUCAUCCUCAGCAGCCACCUACGGCGGUGGGGCAAAUUCGGCGGCAGCAGCCCUGAUAGCUUCCUCCCCCUUUGGAUCGCAGUCCUCUACUUCCUCGUUGUCGCUCUCCUCGAAUGCCGGCAUGUCGAAGAACCCACCGACAGCAGCUGGAUCGGCAGGAGCCUCGAGUAGCUCGACGAGCGCCGGCGCCACAGCGAGUAGUGGAAACUCCCUGGUAUCCACUUUGGCGCAGCACUUUUCGGCGGCUACCUCAGCCGCAGCAUCGGCUGCGGUAGCAGCUGCCUCCUCUGCAUCGGCUGCGUCCUCCUCCACACCUUCCACCGCACCAACCAACAACGCAGCCAGCUCUAUCGCCGCCAGCAAGUCACCUGUAAGCGCGGCCGCGGCCAUCAAGAAUAUACUUAAUGCCACCAAGAGUGUUGGGAAUAGUGCUGCGGCGGCGGCAGCAGCGGCAGCGGCAGCCACCACAUCCUCAUCAUCCUUAUCCUCAACGCCUGUGGUGGCUACGCCAGCCGCCGCCGCCGUCGUCCCUCCAACCACCGAGGUGCCCGCAGAGGAGCUGCGUCCGACGGUGGCCCAGAAUCUGGUGGGCGGCAUUAGCAUCUCGUUGGGCAUUGGCCAGCGCAAUGGGACAUCCGCAUCGCCAGCAGUUGUGGCGAUCCCGAGCACCACGCUAGUGGUGACCACAUCCAGCCUAAGCAUCCGCCAGAAUGGGGAAAUAAUCCAGGGUCACCCAUGUCUCCAGGACUCGCCUCAGACGCUGCAACAGCUGACGGGGAGUCCAGGACGGGCGCGGGACCGGAAUCUGUUCUACUCGCCACCCACCGCUUCGGUUGCCCUGGCGCUGCCUGCACUGCGAGAAACGGCCAACAGUGAAAGGGAGCAAUUGUUCAUACAAAAGAUUCGACAAUGCUGCACUCUCUUCGACUUCUCCGAGCCGCUGAGCGACCUCAAAUGGAAGGAAGUGAAACGAGCGGCCCUUCACGAAAUGGUCGAUUUCCUCACAAACCAAAAUGGCGUCAUCACCGAAGUUAUCUACCCAGAGGCGAUCAAUAUGUUUGCGGUCAACCUAUUCCGCACGCUGCCGCCAUCGUCCAACCCGAACGGCGCCGAAUUCGAUCCAGAAGAGGAUGAGCCCACGCUGGAAUCGUCGUGGCCACAUCUGCAACUCGUCUACGAGCUGUUUUUGCGCUUCUUGGAGUCACCCGAUUUCCAACCAAAUAUGGCUAAACGUUUUAUCGACCAUCAAUUUGUAUUACAACUUUUGGAUUUAUUCGAUUCGGAGGAUCCACGUGAACGUGAUUUCCUAAAGACUGUUUUACAUCGCAUCUAUGGAAAAUUUUUGGGCCUGAGAGCAUUUAUUAGGAAGCAAAUCAACAAUGUCUUUUACAGAUUUAUUUAUGAAACAGAGCAUCAUAACGGCAUAGCCGAGUUAUUGGAAAUCCUGGGCAGCAUUAUCAAUGGCUUUGCUCUACCGCUCAAAGAGGAGCAUAAACAAUUUUUACUUAAGGUAUUGUUGCCAUUGCACAAAGCCAAGAGCCUCUCGGUCUACCAUCCGCAACUCACCUACUGCGUUGUGCAGUUCCUUGAGAAGGAUCCCAGUUUAUCGGAGGCGGUUAUUAAAAGCCUGCUUAAAUUUUGGCCGAAGACGCACAGUCCCAAGGAGGUAAUGUUUUUGAAUGAGCUGGAGGAACUCCUCGACGUCAUCGAGCCGGCCGAGUUUCAAAAGGUGAUGGUGCCGCUGUUCCGCCAGAUAGCCAAGUGCGUCUCCUCGCCCCAUUUCCAGGUGGCCGAGCGGGCGUUGUACUAUUGGAACAACGAGUACAUCAUGUCCCUGAUAGCGGAUAACUCUGCGGUGAUACUACCCAUCAUGUUUCCAGCGCUCAAUCGCAACUCAAAAACGCACUGGAACAAGACCAUUCAUGGUCUGAUCUAUAAUGCGCUCAAGCUGUUCAUGGAGAUGGAUCAGCGGCUUUUUGACGAGUGCAGCAAGAACUACAAACAGGAGAAGCAGAUGGAGCGCGAGAAGCUGUCGCAGCGGGAGGAACUCUGGCAGCAGGUUGAGAGCUUGGCCAAGACCAACCCGGAGUGGACGAAAGCGCGCCGCUUCAACGACUGCCUGCCGGUCAGCGACCGGGCCCUCUUCGAUCAAUAUAAUGAGAAUUGCGAUCUAGCCUACGAUCAGAGCAGCGAACAGCAGCAGGCACGCCAGCCGCCGCCUCCGCUGCCGCCCCAGAAGCAGGCCCUGCAGGAGCCCCGAGAGUGAAAACGUGAACAUAAAAUUGUACAGUUGAAUUUGAAAUGUCUAACCUAGGCCUAUGUAGGAGUUUACCAUCCCUCGAUAACCCUCGACUUCUGCCACAAACUUCGACAUAGCUACACAUAUGACACUACCUACUAUAUAUACAUAUAUGUUUAACUAUACUCUACAGCUUAACAUCACAUUAUUAUAUAUGCGAUUUAGCUUAGGUAUUAGCAGCAGCUUAACUACAUAAAAAUAUUGAAAUAACUACAAAUUGCCCAGGACAAAAAAAAUCAAAGUGGUAUGUAAGUAUGUCUGUUUGUACAAGUGUGUAUUUUUGUAUGUUUCACAAAUUAUACAUAUGUCUGCAUAAAAAUAUAUAAAAAUGUGUGGGACAACAACGGUCGGUGUCGGUAUUCCUAUGGAUCGACCCAAAUAGAACUUGGAGUUUUUAAGAGUGAAGCCAGACAAGUUGACUUGAUGCGCCGAAAGGAUAGUGCCAACAUGACCACGCAGCCCGAGAAUAUCCCUAUUUGUAAGCUUCUCUCAAUCCCCAAAUCACUCACAACAACAGACUUUAACUGUGCUGGUCUUAGGUACUAGUAUCUCUACAUGUUAAUCCGUAUAUAUAUACCGUGUGAGUAUAUGUAUGUAUAUUUUAUCUGUACCCACCACCCGCUUGGUGGUUCUAUAGUCAUUAUCUCGGGUCCGUUAGACAAGAAAAAUGCAAAAAAAAAAAAAAAAACUAUAUUCUGUAUUCUAGGCGCCAAAGCAGAUCGAAAGUUUUAGCUACCACUACCAAGUGCUGUAGUGCACGCCAAGAAAACGAAAGGCUUCAGUUUUAGCUAUAGACACAAAUAUAUAUAUAUAUUAUAUAAAGAGAUGUAUUUACAUAUUUUUGGCAUUAUAGGUACGUACACAUAAUGACGAGGGGAGUUGGCAGAACAGCAAUAAUAAUAAAAUGGGAAAGUUAAGGGAAAGGCGGGAGAAUAAUUCGUAGAAAGGCAGAUUUUUUCAUACAGGAAACGGUGAAAAUCGAUACUUUCAAUGUAAGAUUUAUAAAAUAUAUAUAUAUAUAUAUU